AUGUGGCUACUUUCCGUUCUUUUACUCAGUUACCUGGCGAAACCGAACUUGAGUAUUACCUUGGAUUAUUGUGCUAGAUCAUUGUGUGGCCGUAGACAACAUAUAGCCUGUAAUAAUUUGGGUGCCUGGUCAUCUGCAUGUCCUAGAUCACCCUCCGAACCAUUGGCCAUCAAUUUCAAUGAAGUCCAUCGGAAUCAAAUUCUUUUAGGUCAUAAUGUACGAAGGAAUCAAAUAGCCGGAGGAAAUUUAAAUGGCUAUAGAUCGGCCAGACGUAUGGCAACAAUGCGUUGGGAUAAUGAAUUGGCCCAAUUGGCGUUGCUCAAUGUCCGACAAUGCGAGAUGAGACACGAUGCCUGUCGCAAUACGGAUACAUUUAGGGCAAGUGGUCAGAAUCUGGCUAUAUAUGGUUAUUCUGGUGCCCGAUCGCGACGAACCAUUGCACAGUUGAUUAACAUUUCAUUGGAAAUGUGGUGGAAUGAGUAUAGAGAUGCCAAUAUGAAUAUAAUCAAUAGAUAUCCCAGCAAUCACAGUGGACCACAAAUCGGUCAUUUUACUGCCAUGGCCCAGGCGAGUAAUACUCAUUGUGGCUGUGCUGCUGCCGUUUUUAUAAGAAAUUCAAUGAAUUGGUUCCUUCUGGCCUGCAAUUAUGCCACCACCAAUUGGGUGGGUCAACCUGUUUAUCAAGUGGGAAAUCCUACAUCCGGUUGCCUUAGAGGCAGAAAUAAUAAUUUUAGAUCUCUGUGUAAUGUUAGUGAACGUUUUAAUGUUUAAUUUUGUUUUUUUUUUUUUCUUAAUAAACAUAA